UCCUAGCAGAGCGUCAUCAUCGCGGAAACAGAAACCAAACAUCAGCCAGAAAAACAAAAUGGGAGCAUCGUUGGACACCCCGACGAGGUGUCCUCUUUGCAAUGAGCUCACUGGAGAGCCGGUCACUCUGAAAUGUAACCACCAGUUCUGUCAGCGGUGUAUCGGGGACUUGUGGAGCGUUUCCCCGAACGGGCCGUACCACUGUCCGGAGUGGAGGUGUAAAACAGUUUACCAGACUCUACCGUUCAGCAGCGGUCUAACACGGCCGCCCACUAACAGCCGACGGGCCCAGCCUCGCAGCUCUGGAGGUUCAGGCUCAACCAGCAAUAAUGAACAAAACACAUUCAGCUCAAUGCUGACGAGGCCCUCACUCACCAGCCGACUACUUGGGAAGCGAAAGGCCAGCACAUCUGCACCAGAGCAACCUGAAACAAAGCGGUCCACUUUAGAAGUUCCCCUCCAGCAGAGCAAUGAUGAGACACCCUCCACUUCCCUCUCAGAGAUCCCUGGUGUGGCAACAUCAAAUGCAGCAGCAUCCCCUAAAUCCACACCGUCUGAGAGGAGUGAAGGUGCAUCUUCGAGUGACAUCUCUGAAAGUCAGGCAGACCCUCCAGUUGAUGUGCUUCCUGCAGGUGAUGUACCUGACAACAUCCCAAUCCAGCAUGACAGGCGUACAUCAGUGGAGGAGAUCUCAUUAGAUGAUUCUGAUACCUCUAAUGAGGUAGAUCUUUGUGAAUCGCCUCUUUUUGUAACCCCAAAAAAAGAUACACGUGUGACACAAAGUAAUGCAUCUCCUAAGAAAACUGCCAACUUUGAGUUCUCUCCUCGGGUCUCACCUCAGGCAGAAGUGAAGCCUCCUGCACACAAUGUCAACAAAUCACCUCAAAUGUUCCCAAAACAUCCUGCUCUCUCUCCAGCAUCCCCAAGUCAUGUUGGCAUCUUCCCCAGGUCAGGGAACAAAAAUUCCAGCCCUGUGCCCUGCCACUACUGCCCCAAAACUGUGUAUCAGCCUGCUGUGAAGACCUGUCUGGUGUGUGGAGCGUCCAUGUGUAAAGAGCACCUGCGUCCCCACCUGGAAUCCCCCGUCUUCCAGAAUCACACCCUGGUUCCUCCCAUGGAGGACAUUUCUUCCUGGAGGUGUCAGGAGCACCAGGAGAUAAACCGCAUCUACUGUAGGCAGUGUGGAGAGUGUGUGUGCACCGUGUGUACGGUCAUCGGCUCACACCGUGACCACGCCUGCAUCAGCAUCAGGGAGGCGGAGAGAGAGCUCAGGGGGAAUCUAAAGGAAGAGAUCAAGCAGCUACAGAAGGCUGAAGAGGAGGUGAAGAACAAAGUGUCAGAACUCACUCAAAAGAAAGAGACCUUCAAAGUCGUGCUAAGUGAGGCUCGAGCAGGCGUGCAGCAGCAGUACGGAACCAUCAGAGAAGCCCUGGAGCAGGAGGAGCAAUCAGCUCUCAACUGUGUAUCCAAGGAGGAGAGCAGGGUUCUGGGGGGACUAGAGGAGAAACUCAGUCACCUCCAGAGCUCUCUGCAGUCCAUCCAACAGGGCCUGAACACGCUGGAGGGGCUCGCUGACGCCAGAGGAGACAAACAAGUUCAGGACCAGGCCUUCAUUAUGGAAUACAGCAAGGUUGCCCAACUGGCUGGUGACAUGGGGAGCUGUGUGGACCAGUUGGAGGCUCCAGAGGAAGUGGAUCAGGCCCGGCUGACAUGUCUUCAGAAGUGGACAGAGAAACGUCUCGGCUCCAUCGUCGUCACAGUGCCGGGCAAUGACCGAGACCUUUACAGACUUCUCUAUGGUACCGUCCCCGUCUUGGAUGCAGACACAGCUCAUCCCAAGCUGCAGCUGUCUGAUAACAACAGGAAGGUGACUCACAGCGAGACUCAGCAGGUCUACGCUGAAAACGAGGCCCGGUUCAGCUCCUUCCCACAGGUCCUGGCCUCCUGUGCCCUGGAGGGGGGUCGCUGGUACUGGGAGGUGAAUGUGUCUGUGGACGAGGGCCGCUGGAAGGUGGGGCUGUGUGAGGGUCAGAUCGAGAGGAAGGGCCAAAAGGACAACUCUCGCCUGGGCUUCAACUCCAACUCCUGGUGCCUUACCUGCGACAGGAGGAAGGUGGAGGCUCUGCAUAACAAAGUGGCCUCCACUGUGGACGCAGAUGGGCUGCAGAGGGUUGGCGUGUUCCUUGACUUUGAAGAGGGGGUUGUGUCUUUCUUUAAGGUGACACCAGGGGGCAGUCUUGCUUUGAUGCAUUCCUUUGAGCACAGAUUUACUGAGCCUCUUUACCCAGCUUUUUCUGUGUCUAAAACACACCUGGCUAUCAGUGAUCUCUUUCAGUCAUAAAUAAUGAAACACAGGAAUAUCAGUUCUGCUGGAAAGAUACAGAAAACAUCAAACUGUCGUGCCUUUUUUAAACACUCCAACCAUUUUAAUGUUUUAAGAUUCGCCUAUUUUAAUAAUUCUCUGGGAUAAUGGCUCUGUCUUACACUGUAUAUAAUGCAAACAUCCUUAAAUGUGAUUUUAUAUUAUUACAAAAUACUGGAUCAUGUAUGAAUUCUUGUUCAUGUUACACUUUAUAAGAAAUUUUGCAUUUAACUUCCUUUCUUUGUUAUCAGGAUUUUCAUUUAUAUAUUAUUUUUAGAUAAUCUCUCUGAACAUGAUUAAGUUGUUUCAUUGUAGGCAGGCCACUCUUCUAAACAGUAUUUCUCAUUUUCAUUGCAAAAAAUGUAAAAAAUGUUCUUUUGACAUCUUUUCUUCUUUGAAGAACACUUGUCAUUUUACAACAAUAAAAUGUCGAAGUUUCAGAAAGAAGUAAAA